UUUCAGCGGGUGUGUUGUAGGGGGACUCAUCGCUCCUUCCAAAAACCUGGCUAAAGCAUGGACUGUUACCUGCACGGCCUCGUUUCUUGGUGCUUUAUCGUUUUUUAUUCCGUUUGCGCAUUCGCAGAAAGCAGCCGGUUAGUACACAGCAGCGAGUCAAGCGUGACAAACUCCUUCAGCCAGGGUGGGACAUAUGGCCGCAUCCAGCCUCAGUUUGGAGCGGUAAAGCAGAAACCGAGCACGGAGCUCCGGGAGCGCCCUCGUCCGGUCACGGUAAAUUGCCAACCGGAUGCCAUAGAGGUCGUGGUGCAGGCUGACAUGUUUGACACAGGCCUACAGGUGGACGGCGGACAUCUGAGACUGGGCUCAGAUUCAGCGGGUGAGGAGAGAGUGUGCGGAGCAGUCCCAUCAGGAGAGGCGGAGUUCACCAUCCGGGCCCAGCUGGUGGAUUGUGGGACAAAGCUCUCAUCCACAAAAGAGAAGCUUAUCUAUGCCAAUGUGCUCGUCUACUCACCUGAGCCCUCAUCUGAUGGUUUGCUUAGACUGGAUGGAGCUGCUAUUCCAGUUGAAUGUCAUUACAAAAAGAAGUAUUCUGUAGGUGGCGUUUCCCUGCAUCCCACCUGGGUUCCACUUGUUGCAACAGCUUCAGCAGAAGACCAGAUAGACUUUCAUCUGCUUCUCAUGACCGAUGAUUGGAUGUUUCAGAGGGGGUCUUAUACAUAUUUCCUUGGUGACUCGAUUCAUUUUGAAGUCUCUGCUGUUAUUGGUAACCACAUGCCCCUGCGAGUGUACAUUGACCAUUGUGUUGGCACAGCAACUCCUGAUGCAGACGUAGCAUUAAGAUAUGAUUUUGUUGAGCAUGGAUGUCUUACUGACGCUUACCUGACAAACUCCAGCUCGCGCUUUCUACCAAGAACCGAGGAACACAAGCUGAGAUUCCAGCUAGAUGCCUUCAUUUUUUACCAAGCACCCAGCAACCAGGUUUAUAUAACCUGCCAUGUAAAGGCUGUUCCAGCCACAAUGACUGCCACCUCACAAAACCGGGCCUGCUCUUUAACUGAGAACAGGUGGCGUUCAGUCGACGGGAAUGAUGAGGCAUGUAGGAGCUGUAAUAUUGCCCACCAGGUUGAAGAAACUCAGUCCACCCAACCUCCUAAAACUACUAUGAAUGCCAAAGCAAGGCCCACCUUGUCUUCACUGGAAGGUUUAGUCCAGAACAGACCCAAACAUCAUCCAGCAACUUACGUCCAUUUCCGUCCAAGAUUACACCAGCGCAGGCACACAAAACAUGAGCAAUCCUCUGCUAAAUUAAUGAAGGGAGGAACAGACUAUGUAGCACGGAGACUGCAGCUGGGACCCUUAACUGUGUUGCCGUUCAGUAACCAUAUCACAAGUUUAGCAGAUCCAAAAACAGUAGUUUCAAACAAGACCACCUGAGACUCGGGAUGCUUUACUGGAGAGUGAGGAUUAAAAUAAAGAUUUCUCUGCUGACUUGAACGUUACAAACAUGUUGUGGAUACUGUACACAAACCCCAUGAAUGCGGAUCAUCCUCUGCACUAGAACACAAUC